UUUGAUGACUUAUUGUCACGAUCAUUUUUUCAAAGAUCAAGAAAUGACAAGUUCACAAUGCAUGAUCUCAUCAAUGACUUGGCCAUGUCUGUGUCAAAGGAAUCCUGUUUGAGAUGGGAAGGGGGCGAAUCACAUGAAGUUUUGAAAAGAGUUCGGCAUUUGUCGUUUGCUAGAGGGCAAUUUGAUUGUGUUGUGAAAUUUGAGCCAUUAUAUGAGGUUAAGCAUUUGCGAACCUUCCUACCUCUUAGAAGAGAAUGUUAUGAAAAUUAUGUAAGUAAAAGGGUUUUACAUGAGUUAUUGCCAAAAUUAACAUGUUUACGAGUGCUAACGUUGUCAGAAUAUGGUAAUAUUGUUGAGUUACCUAAUUCUAUUGGUAAACUCAUUCAUUUGCGCUACUUGGAUCUCUCUAAUACUGGAAUCAAAAGGUUGUCUGGCACAGUUUGCACUCUCUAUAGUCUACAAACAUUACUAUUAGUAGGUUGCCGGUCUCUUUUUGAAUUGCCUACAGACAUGAGAAAAUUGAUUAACUUGAGGCAUCUUGAUUGUAGCGGAACUCAAAUUGAAGAGAUGCCGGUGCAAAUGGGUAGACUAAAAAGUUUGAGAACAUUGACUACUUUUGUUGUGGGGAUAUCCAUUGGGUCGACUAUUGGAGAAUUGAGGGAGUUGUCUCAUCUUGGAGGAAAGCUUUCAAUUUUGAAGCUUAAUAAUGUGGUUGAUGGUAGGGAUGCCUUGCAAGCUAAUUUGAAGAACAAACAAGAUCUCAAGGAGUUAGAGUUGGCAUGGGUCUCCGAAGAUGCCGAUCAUUCCGUAAAGGUGAGAGAUGUACUUGACAAGCUCCAACCUUGCAUGAAUUUGGAGAAAUUGACCUUCAAACUUUAUGGCGGGACCAGAUUCCCAAACUGGUUGGGAGACUCUGCAUUCCAUAAAAUGAAAGUAAUGCGCCUCGAAAAUUGUCAUUAUUGUUUUUCGUUGCCGCCGCUUGGACAGCUAUCCGCUCUUAAGGAGCUCUUCAUAUGUGAGAUGAAAUUUCUUAGAACGUUAGGUCCUGAGUUGUAUGGUCAGCCAUUUCAGCCAUUUCAAUCGCUGGAGAGGCUGGAGUUUGAGGAGAUGGCAGAGUGGGAGGAGUGGGUACCAAGUGGAAGUGGAGGUCUAGACUUUCCUCGUCUCCAGGAGCUGAUUCUAAAAAAGUGUCCAAAGCUAAGAGGAAGCUUGCCUUGUGAUCUGCCUUGCUUGAAGAAACUUUGCAUGGAAGGGUGUGGAGUUUUGCAUGAUCAAAGGGCCACUGCUACUACUAGUACUAGUACUAGUACUAGUCUCAACUACAAUUCUCUUGAAGAAUUGGAAAUAGAAGAUGGAUGCCAAACAGGUCUGUUAUCAUUACUAGAGACAAAGCUCCUUUACAUUCAAAAUUUUGGUGACAUACAGUGCUUGCCCAACAUCAGUCGUCUUCAAUGUUUAACUCUCUCAAAUUGUCCAACGCUGUCGUCGUUCCCUAAAGAUGGCCUACCCACUACGUUGACAUCACUUAGGAUAUUGAAUUGUAAGAGAUUAGAAUUCCUGCCUCAUGAGAUGUUGGCCAACCAAUUAACAUUGCUCGACUGUUUGUGGAUAGAGAAUAGCUGUGAUUCAAUGAGGUCCUUCCCCUUAGGCAUUUUUCCCAAAUUGAAGACACUUAUUAUUGGGAAUUGUGAGAAUCUGGAAUCGCUUAGCUUGAUUGAAGAUGAAGGAGCGGCGGUUGAGAAUCUCAGUCAUCUCAAUGCCUUGUAUAUCGAAGUCUGUCCAAAUCUGGUGAGUUUUCCCCAAGGAGGAUUGCCCACUCCUAACCUGAUUCGAUUGGAAGUUCAGAGAUGCAAGAAGUUGAAGUCAUUACCUAAACGCAUUCAAACCCUCACAGCCCUAAGAUAUUUGGAUAUAAGGAAUCUUCCAAAUCUGGAGUCCAUUGCAGAAGAUGGUGGUUUGCCUCCUAACCUCCGAGUUUUUUACAUUCAUAAUUGUGAGAGACUGAGGGCUUCAUCUUCAUCAGUGGAAGACUAUUGUAACUGGGGUUUGCAAGCAGUUGAAGAAUUUAGAAUUGGUGGCAGGGGAAGUGAUGAAAUCUUGGAGACGUUGCUCAAGCAACAGCUGCUCCCUACCACUCUUCACACUCUCAGGAUCUCUUCAUUAUCAACUCUGAAAUCUUUGGAUGGAAAGGGACUUGCACAUCUCACUUUUCUUCGAAGUCUAUCUAUUUUCAGUUGCAAAAGUCUGAAAUUCUUGCCAGGAGAGGCACUUCAACACCUCACCUCUCUUCAAAAGCUAAAGAUUAGUUG